GCUGUGGGAGGAGACGGAGUGAUGCGCAAACACGCGCAGCAAUGAGUCUCUACAUCUCCAGGACUGUGUGAGACACCAAAAUGAAAUGUAUUUAUUAUCUACCGGCUGUUCCUUCGCUUGUUUCUCCUCUCUGGCUGAGAUGCCCGCAUGUUUUAGGGAUUUAUGCGGAAUAACAAGUCUCUGUGCCAAUAUGCCCUGUUGGACGUUGGUAUUAUUCAUUCAAGAGUCCUAUGGAAUAUAGUCUGCUUUAUCACCCUUCGCAACAGGUGAAAAAUAAACUUUUUGUCUUCUGCAUCAUGCUGUCACUCUGGGUGUACAUGCUGUACUGCUGCGUGGGUUACUGCUCUACGAUACCCACUUUCAUGUUGGAAGAAAGGAGCAGGAGGAUACAGGCACCCAGACCUCUCCAAAACCAAGAGAUGUUCGUCAAAACCCAAUCCAGGGGUUUGUUAAAUAACGAGAGCGAUUCGGACAGCAGAGGAGAUGGCUGGGAGGAAAAUAAAGGCGAGAUGACAUACGACGAAGACUCAGUGACAGGUGCCCUGAACGGGACCGAGAGCAAAAAGUUGCCCCAAGCGAUUAUUAUAGGGGUGAAGAAGGGAGGCACGCGGGCGCUGCUGGAGUUUCUGCGCCUUCAUCCGGAUAUACGCGCGGUCGGAGCAGAGCCGCACUUUUUUGAUCGCAACUACGAGAAAGGACUCGAGUGGUACAGGGACCUAAUGCCGAAGACAUCGGAGGGUCAGCUGACCAUGGAGAAGACACCGAGCUACUUUGUAACCAAGGAGGUGCCGGGCCGGAUCCACGCCAUGUCCAAGGACACCAAGCUGAUAGUUGUGGUGAGAGACCCCGUAACCCGGGCGAUUUCAGACUACACGCAGACUCGCUCAAAGAAACCCGACAUCCCUUCAUUUGAGAGCUUGACUUUUAAGAACAUCACAGCAAAUCUAAUAGACACCUCAUGGAGCGCCGUCCAGAUCGGCAUGUAUGCUAGACAUCUGGAACGGUGGCUGCAGUUUUUCCCUCUGGAUCAGCUCUUGUUUGUGAGCGGGGAGCGUUUGAUCGUCGACCCCGCCGGCGAGAUGGCCCGCGUCCAGCACUUUCUGGGUUUGAGGAGGGUGGUCACGCACAAACACUUCCACUUUAACCCCGCCAAGGGCUUUCCCUGCCUGAAAAGACCCGAGAGCAACAGCAAGCCACACUGUUUGGGCAAAACAAAAGGCCGCACACACCCGAACAUUGAUCUGGAUGUGAUUCAAAGACUGAGAGACUUCUACAGGCCUUUUAAUAAAAAGUUUUACCGUAUGACUGGCCAUGAUUUUGGCUGGGACUAGGAUUUUAUUGGAGAACACUUUUUUAGGAGAUAAUUAAUUGUAUAAAGUAUAGAAGUCUAUUUUAUAAUAAUUUAUUUGAAAGUAAUAUACUUACUGGGGCUGCCUAUCAAAUGUUGUACAUAUUGUAAGUUUCUACCUUUUACAUUUCACAGUCGAAUCUGUAAGCUUGAUAAUUUUGUAUUUUGCAUGGCACAGGAAUAAGGGAUGUGUUUUACGAAAAAGCACAAUGAAACUAAUUACGGGUAUACUGAUUCAUUACAUCAUUACAUACAUCCAAUAGGCCCUAUUUUUAGAUUAAUAAACAUUCCCAGACGGAAUCCGGGCCGGAUCUGCACCAGAUUCACGCCGAAGUCGGCAGCUCCCAUAUGGAUCCAGUGCAGGGGUGCGUUUCCCAAACAACGACGUAACUCGUUGCUGAACGACCAUAGUACGAUGCAUCGUUGGAGAAACGAACUACCUUGUCAAGACUGUUUCCCGAAAGUAUGGUAACUUUGUCGCACAUUUGUCGUUUGAACGAUGUUGGUUUAACAACAUAGUUGAUGGUGUCACGUGGGAGGUGAAGUACUAAUUAAUCUGUGCAAAUCGAUUUAAUGUCAGAUUAUUGCUGUAAAUAACAUAUAUAGCAUCCGAAGACUGAUUUUGUUAUCGUGAUUUUGUUAUCUGUUGUUUAUUUUCAAGAUAUUAAUUCACGCGCAAGUUCACUCCUACGUCACUCCUCCCAGGGAUUCCCCAGGGUCUUAAAGCUCGUAGGUCUGCGCACAUGCGCAGUUUUUAAAAGCAGCUCUUUCAUUCUGUUUACAAAUUUAAAUACGUAAAUAAAAUUUUAAUAUAUUUAGAAUGAUGGAUUGUACUACAUGUUUUUUGCUUAUUUUGUUCAAAAGCAUGAUCAACGUAAGUCUACAUAUGAUAAUAACAAGGAACGAUGCUUCUAACGACAGGUCAAGAGCUGUCAUUCCAACGACACAAGUUAACGAUGCAGUUUGCGAAUGUUCGUUUGAACGAUGGUUUCGGGAAACACCAAAUCGUUAAACGAUGUUAGUAACGAUGGAACUUAGGAUGUUCAUUGGCUAACGAUGCUUUUGGGAAACGCACCCCAGAUCCGGCCCGCAGUCGUCUGCUUUUUGGAUUGUGUAGCGAGAUUUUACAACAUGCAACCACAUCAUCUUUUUCACUGCCAGAUCUUUUUAACGGGACAGUAUUUUGUUUCAGCUUCUGAUGGAUCAGUAAACAACAAGCUAACACGUCGAUGAUGGCAGAAAAUGCUCUGGCAUUGAUCUUUAUGACACAAGCAGUACUUUAAACAUCAUUAAAAGCAAUAUAAUGCUAUUCUUCAAGAUCUUACUGAAGGUUCAAAUGUUGCAGGAAUUACAUCUGUAUUACAGCAGUGCCUAAACCUCUGAAAAACCUCUAUGAGCAUCGCUUUUGUUAUAUGAGAAGAUAGAAAUAGAGCAUAUGCAUUCAUGUCCCUUUGCAGUUACACAAACAUCUCUCUUUCAUACUAAAUGUAGGACUUUUAUAAAACAUGAGUUUUGUAAUCUGAAGGCCUUUUUUAGUAUGAAAAUGAUCUGUGAUGGUCUUCGUCUGCCUACAUCAAUUCAUUACAUCCGUUUUUACAUGAAUUACAAAAAACUAAAAAAAAUUGUCGUCAUUGUUUUACAACAAUGGUUGAGUUUUAUUCAACCCUUAUGUACUUUCAAAUGCUGGUGUUUUGUAUGGCACAAAUGUCUGCCAUAUGUUUUUAUAAUGGGAUAAAGUGAGUACAAAAUGACUGGACAUGUUUCUGUUUCUAACUUCAGUGGAGCUAGACAAUAUUACUGUGCAGUGAUAAAAUAAAUCUAUUUUACCAGA